GGUAUGGUAUACAGUGUGUUUUGUUAUCUUAAAAGAAAGAAAAGAAAACCAUUAAAAAUACAACAGAUGCGCGAAUUCGACUACAUGCUACCUACACGACUCAUGAGAGUAAUAACGCUGUAUUCUUUUGCUACUGGAUGAACUAGGGUUGAAUGGGACCGGGUUCGUUGGCUGUCCUGUUGUAUCCCAGAAUGCUGCGCUGUCCCAUAUCUCCUCUCUUCAGCUUGGAUUUUGCUGGGGAGAGAGGGAGAGCAGACUUGCCUUAGUCAGCAGCCAGCUUCUGCAACAGCAGCAUAUGUACCAGAAGAGGAGACACCGGAUACCUGGUAAAUAAACUAGCCUAAUAGAAGAUAACACGCAAAUGCAUUAAAUUAUAACGAAUAACCCAUCAUGACCACAGAAACAGGGCCAGACUCUGAAUCCAAGCAGGAACAAGAGCAGCAAGAAGGGUCCGGUCAGCAGCACGCAGCCACAACGCAGCAGCCGCCAGCAACGCCCAAGGAGGUGCAGCAGUUUGACACAGAGCAGUUCCCUGCCGCCGCAUCACACAGCACUCCCGUGAAGAAGGAGCAGAACGGAGACAGAGACGGAGAAGCCGAAGCUGUUGGUAAACACGAAUACCAACAGUUUGAAGACGACAAGGCCUCUCAAAAGUCAUCUUCGAGCAAAUUCUCCAAACCAUCUCCUCUAAAAGUGGUGAAGAAGCCCAAGAACAUGCAGUGCAAAGUCACUCUACUGGAUGGCUCAGAUUACUCCUGUGUGGUGGAGAAGCGCUCCAAGGGCCAGGUGCUGUUUGACAAAGUCUGUGAUCAGCUCAACCUUCUAGAAAAGGACUACUUCGGUAUCACAUUCCGGGACUCAGAAAACCAGAAGAAUUGGUUGGACCCUGCCAAGGAAAUAAAAAAACAGAUACGAAGUGGUGCCUGGCAGUUUUCGUUCAAUGUAAAGUUCUACCCUCCUGACCCAGCCCAGCUUUCAGAAGAUAUCACCAGGUAUUACCUGUGCUUGCAGCUAAGGGACGAUGUAGUGUCGGGCCGCCUGCCUUGCUCCUUUGCCACACACUCUGUGCUGGGCUCUUACACUGUCCAGUCUGAGCUGGGGGACUAUGACCCAGAAGAGUAUGGCACUGACUAUGUCAGUGAGUUCCGCUUCGCACCCAACCAGACUAAAGAGCUUGAGGAAAAAGUCAUGGAAAUGCACAAAAACAUCAAGGGAAUGACGCCUGCUGAAGCAGAGAUUAAUUUAUUGGAGAAUGCCAAAAAGCUAUCCAUGUAUGGAGUAGAUCUGCAUCAUGCCAAGGAUUCAGAAGGAGUGGAAAUCAUGCUAGGAGUGUGUGCUAGUGGGCUGCUUAUCUAUCGAGACCGGCUCAGAAUAAAUAGGUUUGCCUGGCCCAAGGUGCUCAAAAUUUCUUACAAGAGGAACAACUUCUACAUCAAAAUCAGGCCAGGGGAGUUUGAACAGUUCGAAAGCACAAUUGGCUUUAAGUUAUCGAACCAUCGAGCUGCCAAGAGGCUCUGGAAGGUUUGUGUGGAGCACCAUACAUUCUUCAGGCUUGUAUCCCCGGAAGCCCCACCAAAGAAGUUUCUCACUUUGGGUUCCAAAUUCCGCUUCAGCGGAAGGACACAAGCCCAGACACGACGGGCCAGUUCUCAAAUAGUCCGCCCUGCACCCUACUUUGAACGUUCCUCUAGCAAACGCUACACCAUGUCUCGCAGCUUGGAUGGGGCCUCAGUGAGUGAAAACCAGGAAAUAUUCAUGAAGGAUUCCAUGUCCGCUUCAGAGGUGGGCACCGCCCAGUAUGGGACGACCAAGGGCAUCGCCUCGGGGGACCUCAUCACCACAGUGACCCCUGAAAAGAAGGCUGAGGAGGAGAGGGCUGAGGAGGAGGAAGGGACGACGAAAGAGGAGGAGGAGGAGGAGGAGGAGGUCCCUGAACCCGCUCCUCUUACCCCUGUGAAAUACGACACAAAGUUCCCGCCUUUAUUCUGCACUGAUCCAUCCUGCUCUGAACCUUUGCAUUCUGCUUCCCCUAUCUCAUCAACAAAGAUCCGCAGGAGACGCAAAGAGAACGCUCGCAAAAGAGCAGGUUCCAUCAGCCCCACCAAACACGGUGCUGUCAGUAAUCCCAGGCAGACAGAUUUGGAAAAUAAACCACCUGUUCAUAUAGACAAGCAGGAUGUGGUGGUUUCACGUUAUAAGCAGAAGAAAGACAAAAAAGGCGGGACCUUGUUUUCCUUCUCCUUGCAUCUCCCAGAUCUGCCCUCCUUCCUGGAUGACGAUGGUUACCUUUCCUUCCCCGACAUCUCGGAAGUUACUUUCUUACCUGAAAGCAUUCAGCACUUUCUCCCCAUCCAGUCGCCCUCCCUUGCUCCCUGUUUGCUGUUCAUCUUUUUCUUCCUGCUGUCCGCCUCAUUUUCAGUGCCCUAUGCUCUCACCCUCUCCUUUCCCCUGGCUUUGUGCCUCUGCUACCUGGAGCCCAAGGCGGCCCCUUUGAGAGCCUCACUUGACAAUGACCUGAGUGACAGUUCAGAGGAAGAGACUGACAGCGAGCGAACAGACACUGCGGCUGAUGGUGAAACUACAGCCACAGAGUCGGAUCAAGAAGACGAAUCUGAAAUAAAGCCACUGGACACAAUUAAAACAGAAGAAGAGUUAUUGAAACACCAAACCAACAUCAGCGAGUUGAAACGAACCUUUUUGGAAACAACCACAGAUGGUGCUGGACUUACGGAGUGGGAGAAGAGGCUCUCUACUUCCCCAGUGCGGACUGCCCCGAGACUGGAAGACGCUCCAAUGAUUGAACCCCUUGUGCCUGGGGAAACCAAAGAAGAAUCAGCUAAAGUAAAAGCAGAUGAACCCCUAGAGUUUGGGUACAGUGAGAAGACUGUGAAAGAGGGGUUUACAUCUGGCAGCAUGAUCUCCUCUUCUCAUCACAUUAUGAUGCUGAAGACUAUUCCAUCAUCCCCUGAGGGUUCUGAUGACUGGGUUAUUGUAGACAAAAUGCCAGCUAAGGUAGUCCCGAGCGAAAUGAACAAUGUUGUCACCUAUAAAGUAAUGGCAGUCACUAGUACUGUUUCUGGUGAAGCUCAAAGCAGCAUUAGCAGUAAAAUCAAAACCAUUGAAGACUACCGAAGAGAAAUGAAGGAGGAAGAGCUAAAACAGAAAGCAUACACCUUGGGAAAGUCAUAUGACACCCAAUCUGGGAAAAUCGUGACCAUGACAACGCGGUUCAGAGAUGGAGACAAGUCUGUGCAGUACUCAAUGGAGGCUAAAAGAAAGAUGGACCAUUCUUCCAUUGUUAAAAUAUUGCCCAUUUCGGCUGAGAGUGACAUUCUGGAGCUCGAUUCUGAGAAAGCUGCACUAUCUAGGGAUAAAGGGGCUUUAGUAACAAUCAAAGAAGCCGAGACUCCCCUUGCCUCUGGGGCCUAUACAAAAAGUUUCGUAGAAACAGUUUUCACAGAGCUGAAUAAUGAACAAGGUAACCAUGUCCGGAAGGAAGGUGCUGGUCAGCUGGAAGAGAAGGUUCUGCAAAUGGAUGAUGUCAUACAGAAUGACACAACUCAAUGGAAAUGCCAUUGGGAGCAGCCUUUUAAUGUUGCUACUGCUCAUUUUGUAACCAAAUCCUCGGCUGCUACAAGAGUGGUGACUAAACAGACCUCUGGUGAAAUGGAUGGUAAAGACUUCUCCACUUUAAUAGAUUCAGCAAGAGAUCAAUACAGCAAUGUGGAAUGGGCUACUUCUGCUUCACGUAGUUUGGCUCAGGCAUCAGAGAUGAAGGUUGAGCGGAAAGGCAUCUCUCAGACAUUGAAGCAGGAGGUUCACCAGCAGGAGCAAUCCAUGAUGAAGGUUGUUCAGGACACGUUUAUUUUGAAGGAGGAGGAGCGUGUGGUGACUAUGCAUGCAAGUGAUGCUGCUGUUGCUGUUGCUGCUGCUGCAGUGCAUGCAGACUCUGCUGUUCCAUCUUGCCGGAAGGGGGACGAGGGUUCUUCAGAGGCUAAGGAUGCUAGCAAAGAGGAGAGGGAUCAGGGCAAGCAAGUUGUAACUGACCAGGUUGGGAGUGUUGAUGCAUCUUCCCAGGAACAAAGGCAGCAGCAGGAUGCCUCGAUUUCAGAUGAACCUUCACAUAAGCCUCGCUUUGAGCCACCUGUUUUGAAAACAGAAUCUGUGAGUUUUGGCAGUACCACUCAAGAAGAAAGAGAGGAGAUCACCACUAAGGAAGUGCCAGUAAUCCACACAGAGACAAAAACCAUUACUUAUGAGUCAUCCCAGGGGGAUGCCAGUGCUGAUGCAGAACCGGGUGUCCUAAUGAGUGCCCAGACCAUCACGUCAGAAACGACAAGCACCACAACUACAACACAUAUCACAAAGAUGGUAAAGGGAGGCAUUUCAGAAACAAGAAUUGAGAAGAGAAUUGUUAUAACGGGGGAUGCUGAUAUUGACCAUGACCAGGCCCUGGCUCAGGCAAUUAAAGAAGCCAAAGAGCAGCACCCUGACAUGUCAGUGACCAAAGUAGUGGUACAUAAAGAGACAGAGAUCACGCCUGAGGAUGGGGAAGAGUGAUGGCAGGAAUAAAGCCUACACUUCAGAAGAAGCUUUUACACAUUAUGAGGAAUAAGGGAUGUCUGUGGAGUCAGCUUUGAUUUUAUAUGCCAAUAUCCACCCAUGGGUAUCUCACUGCAUUGGAGCACCUCAUAUGAAAUAGCACUCUUACACGAUCACUCUAUAACGCUGGCUUACGUAAAUCUAAAUUAAUCCAGUAAAACAUUGGCAAAUGCAUAUUGCAUGACAAUUUAAGCAAUGCUGCUUUUGUUUAAAUUUAAGAAAAUAAUGAAAUUACCCAGGGUUCUAAUAUACCCGCACUCUCAUUUCAAUGGAAGUAGAGAUAAAAUAACACUUUUAAUCUCUGCAUUUUAAAAGUAAAGAGUUAACAAGUAAAUACUAAUUAAAGUAGCUUCCUUUUAUUUAUUACUACUACUACUACUACUACUAAUAAUAAUAAUAAUAAUAAUAAUAAUAAUAAUAAUAAAAUCACCCCUAAAAUGCUAUAGGCUGUACAUGCAAUUUACAUAUUUAACCAUGCAUUAGAUGUGCCAACAUUACUGAGCUCAUUGAACCUUGUAACUGGAUUUUAUCUGAUUUUACUGAUAUUGCCUGCAAAACAGCAGUGAACUUUAAACUUUGAAAUGAAUUAUUAUGCUACAUACAUGUGCUUCUUAGGCAGAACAGUAAUGCUUUUGGGUAACGAUUUAGUAAUUUUUACUUGAAACGCAUCAUUUAUGUUUUUCCACUAAGUUUCAAGUUAAGAUGAAAGGCUAAAUAUAGUAUUCCUUUAGUGGCAAAAAAAGAAAAUAAGACACUGCUGCUUGCACAACAGACUGUAACUUACAUUAUGAGAGUAAUUGAUUGUAUGUUGAAUCUGUUCAUCAGUCACAGAAACUUGCUGUGGAGUCCAAUAAAUCACUCAACAUUGACUUCCUCGUGCAGAGCCAAGCCUUAAACUGUACAGAGAAUAGCAACUUUCAGUGUGAGCUGAAAAUAUAUUAGUAUCCAUGGUUUUACAAGUAUCCAAGUCAAGGAUGUGCUAUACUCCAUCCCGUCAUCAGCUGCAGUACCAUACAUGUUGUAUGUAUGUUUCUGUAUUUAGUCAAAUAAGUGGUAAAUGCAUUUCAAUGAAUUUGUCUUUUCUUUUUAAUAAAAUAU